AUGAAAAAACAGAAAGGUGGGGCAGAGAAAGAAAGGGAGAGAAAGAGAAAAUUCCUUGAACGAAGUGCUGAGAGCUGCCAUAAAAUUUCCGAUUUAUUUGGUGGCAAGAGGAACAAGUUAAAUGACAAUAAUUCAACAAGUUCAAAUCAAUUUGUUUCAGAAAACUCAGAUAUCCCCAAUGACAAUAAUACAACAAGUUCAAAUCAAUGUGUUUCAGAAAACUCAGAUAUACCCCAUGACAAUAAUGAUAUCAUAAACUCUGAGAUUGGCAGUGACAAAGCUACAACAAACCAUAAUAAAGAUUCUGAUGUGAGUUCUGAAACUUCUGACACGUGUGGAGAAAAUGUUGAAAUACACUUGUCAUCAUCAGAUAAACAAAUUAUCAUUGAGAAUAUUGAUUUUUUUUUCACCAGGCCAUCAAAUCGAGAACUAGAUUUAUUUUUGAAAGGUCAUCCCCGUCAACCUCUUAUAUCAAGUUGUAACAAUGAUCUGAUUUAUAAUAAAAAAACAGGUGGAAAACGAAAUUGGUUGAGUUACAAUGAAUCAAAACAAAUGUUUUAUUGUUGGAUUUGUCUAGGAUUGUGUAAAGAUGACCAACUUCCAUCUCUCGCUACAGGUAUCAGUAUCAAAAUAUCUGUCAAACAUAUUUAUACAAGAUUAGAGGAACAUGAGAUGAAUAGAACUCAUAUUAAUAGUUCUGAGGCUUACCUUUUACAUAAAAACAAGGGAGACAUUCAUUCUCUGUUAUUUUCAAGUGCUGCAGCAGAACACAGAAUGAAAAUUGAAAAUAACAGACAAAUAAUAAUUAGAAUAAUUGAAACUAUUAAAAUGAUAGGAAAACGGGGUUUGAGCUAUCGAGGCGGUAGUGAAAAUGAAGCUGCCUAUACACUACUCAACGAUAAUAUUGAUCAUGGCAAUUUCUUAGAAAUAAUUUUAUUGAUAGCUAAAUUCGACCCAAUACUUCAUAAUCAUAUUCAAAAAGUUGCAGAACAAAGUAAAAAAAAUCGGUUACGUAACUUGAAUCGCCGAAGUCUUCAUCCAAUUCAACCAAGUACUCCUACUAAUGGAAAUUUCCAAGAAUCAGAAGAAUGCGGACAACGUCGAGGAAGAGGCGCUUUCAUAUCACUAUUAUCCAAGACGACUGUAAACGAAAUAUUGUCAGGCAUAUCAAACUUAAUUAAGAAAAAAAUUUCAGAUGACGUCAAGAGGGCUGAAAUAUUUUCUAUCCAAAUCGAUACUACCCAAGAUAUUAACGUAGUUGAUCAAUGUUCUGUUAUCAUUAGAUUUGUAACGGAUAGGGUAGUGCAUGAAAGGUUAAUUCGACUGAUAAAUUGUAAUUCCAGUAAAGGAAAAGACAUGUAUGAAAUGAUAGCACAAUGUUUGAAGGACUUAGAUUUAGAUAUUAGAAGAUGCGUAGGAAACUCCACUGAUGGAGCCAGUAAUAUGCAAGGCCAAUAUAAAGGUUUCACUACAUGGUUGUCGAAAGAUUCCCCUGGACAGAUCCACGUGUGGUGCUAUGCUCACGUCUUGAAUUUAGUAGUGGCCGAUGUAACUAAUCAAACCAUACCUGCUGUUUCUUUAUUUGGAUUGAUAAAUAAAACUGCAGUUUUUGUUAGAGAAUCUUACCUUCGCAUGAAUGUAUGGAAAAAUGCAUUGGAUACCGAUUCGAAUUCUCGUUUUAUUAAUAUUAUAGGCGAAACGAGGUGGUGGGCAAAGGAAAAAGCACUUACGAAAAUAUUCGAUACGAAAAACGGUUUUUUCGUUAUAUUAUGUGAAACUCUUCACACCAUGACUCUUUCUAAUAAUUUCAACGCUGAAGUAAAAUUCAAGGCGAAGUGUUUUCUGGAUGGUUUUCUUAAAUAUGAAACCAUUAUCAUGUCCGUGAUAUUUAAAAAAAUAUUUUUUCAUAUAUCUCCUCUUUCGAAAUAUUUACAAACCUCUGGAAUGGACCUUCUGCAGUCCUACCGUAUGGUCGAGGAGACAUUGCAAGCUUUGAAAAAUAUGUCUAGAGACUUUGAAAGUAUUAUACAGGAAACAGACAAGUUCAUAAAUAUGGUUAAUAUCAGUUUUUUAGAUAAAAAUUUUCCUGGUGAAAUUCAAACCGAAUUCCCACUUCAAAGAACGAUUAGAAAAACUAAGUUCCAUGAUGAGACAUGUGGUGACAAUAAUUCAAGUAGUCCAAUAGAUGAUUUUAAAAUCAAAGUAUUUUUCGUGACAAUGGAUCAGGUUAUAAAUUCUAUUGAAUCCCGCUUCGUCAAACACAAACAAUUAUACACAGACUUUGAAUGUUUUCAUCCUAGUAGUUUUGAAUCACUGUCAAAGUUGCCCGAACAUGCUUUGAAAAAUGUCACAGCUAAACUACAAAUAUUCUUUCCAUCCAUAGAUCAUGAUAAUUUAAAAACACAAUUAAUUGAUCUAGCUUCAAAAUGGCAUCGAUUGUCCAAAUCGCUACCUGAUGAGUUUACUGGAGCUGAAAUACAUCAAACGAAUGAUAUUGAAGGCGAUGGAUUAAAAAAUAAAUGUAACACGUGUCGAAACUGCAUUUUGUGCUGCUAUAGACUAUUGCUAAAAUAUAAUUUAUAUGCAGAAGUAUAUCCUGAUUUGGAAAUAGCUUAUAAGUGGGAAAUAUGGUUCGGAAAUAUGUUCGAAAAACUGCAAAAGGUGCAGGGUUUGCCUAUACUAAGGAAAACCUACAAAAGGCUCUUGAUGAUGUGCGGAAUAGGAAUAAAACUACUAGAGGGACUAGAGGAAAAGGUGGUAAUGAAAGUAACUACUCUCUACGUGAAAGCGAAGACUUUAAACUUUUCUGACAGCGAUGAAGAAAUAAAUUUGAGCAUUUUACACCCUGAAGACAUUUUGCAUGCUGGUGACUUUGCUGUAGUUAAAGUUUUUGGAAAGGAUGAUUUAUCUUUCAGAAUGUAUAUUGGAAGAAUACAAAAUACUGAUGCUGAAGGUUACGAGGUUAAAUUUUUGAAGAGACAUGGCCAAACUAUGAAGUUUCAAGAAACUGAAAAAGAAUCGUACGUUCAAAGAACUGAGAUAGUCAGAAAAUUAUGA